UUAUUUUUUAUUUUAAAAUCAAAGCCAAACGCUGCAGCGAACACAUUAGCAACGAGGGUCACUGUAACGCAGACUCAAAACGGCCAUUACUCCAUUAAAGAACCAACAAAUUACGGUGGUGGUGUUUGUUUUGGCUGCACUAUCUGUCUCGAUUUAAAACGUUUCGGGCAGUUUAGGAAAGCGGGUAUUUCGUGAUUAUACAGUGUAAAUUAUAGAAAUUAAACUUUUGACUGAUUUGCAUUUAAAUGGCUAGUGAUUGACUAGGAAGAAAGAGACAAACAAGGCACGGUGGUGGUAGGAAUCAGUUUUCUGCUUGUGAAGUAGAAUGGUCUCGCCUGAGGUGUCACAUCUACAGAUAUCUUCAAUGGUGAAACAUGGCGGUUUCAGGAACAGAGCCUCUUUCUGUUUGGCUGAUGGGUUAAUGUUUCUCGGUGGAGCAUUUUUGGCUCUUUUGCUUGUUUGGUCUUUCUUCUCGUUUUAUAGCUCCACCCCCAAUUUCGAUCCGACAAUUGGCGAUCCGAAGUCAGUACAGAAGGCCUCUCCCGGGUCGGCACCCUGCGGGCAUGAGCUUAACCGGCAUUACGACCCGCUGGAGGAGACAUUUUACGAUGAUCCAGGAUUGAGUUACUCGAUAGAGAAACGGGUGACGAACUGGGACGAGAAGAGGAAGCAGUGGCUGAAGCUUCAUCCAUCGUUCGCCGCCGGUGACAGGGAGCGGGUGCUGAUGGUGACGGGGUCGCAGCCGUCGCCAUGCAAGAACCCGAUUGGCGAUCACCUUCUGCUGAGAUUUUUCAAGAACAAGGUGGACUACUGCAGGAUCCACGGGCACGACAUAUUUUACAACAACGCUUUGCUGCAUCCUAAAAUGGGUUCGUACUGGGCCAAGCUGCCGGUGGUUCGCGCGGCGAUGCUGGCGCACCCUGAAGCGGAGUGGAUCUGGUGGGUGGACUCCGACGCGCUGAUCACCGACAUGGAAUUCGAACUUCCCUUGCACCGGUACCGCCACCAUAACGUGGUGGUCCACGGGUGGGCCAAGCUGAUAUACGGUAAGAAAAGCUGGACCAGUCUCAACGCUGGGGUUUUUCUAAUCAGGAACUGUCAGUGGUCCAUGGACCUCAUCGAUGUCUGGUCGAGCAUGGGGCCAAUCACCCCGGAUUACGCAGAGUGGGGCCGCAUCCAACGGUCUACUUUCAAGGACAAGCUCUUUCCGGAAUCCGACGAUCAGUCGGCGCUCGUCUACUUGCUGUACAAGGAGCGAGAGAAGUACUACGACAAGAUUUAUCUUGAAGGCGAGUACUACUUCGAAGGCUACUGGGCGGAGAUAAUGAGUACCUUCGAUAACAUCACCGAGCGUUACCUGGAGAUGGAGAGAGGCGACAGAGAUCUCCGACGACGGCACGCGGAGGUAGUUAGCGAGCGAUACGGUGCGUUGAGAGAGGAACGGUACCUGAAGGGCGAACAGGGAGGGAAAGGGAGCCGGCGGCGACCAUUCAUCACGCACUUCACGGGGUGUCAGCCGUGCAGUGGGGACCACAACCAGAUGUACUCUGGGGAGUCGUGCUGGGAAGGAAUGAUCCGCGCCGUUAAUUUUGCAGACAAUCAAGUUAUGCGCAAGUAUGGAUUCGUGCACCCUGAUUUACGCAAGAGUUCCCCCGUUGAACCUCUGCCGUUCGAUUAUCCUGAUGAAGGGCCCUGGUGAAAAGAAAAAGAGAAGGGAAACAAGGCAUGAUAUGUGAAGAUCCAAAGUCUGUUUCAUCCAUGGCAUGAUAUAAAGAUGAUUGAGAGUAUGAUGAGGCGCAGCUGCUGCUGUUUGAAUCAUAUUGGCUUCAUAUACCCCAUAAAAAAAAAGUGGCUCCUCAAGAAUUUAUUACUUCAUUUCUCAUGUUUUCUUUUUCUUUCUCUUUUUCAUUGCUUUAGCGGUUUACCCCUUAUUGCGUAGUAAUUUAGAGUUGAGAAAGAGGCAAGGAGCCUAAGAUGGGUAAAGCCAUUUUUAUUUCUUAAAAGAUAAAAAUCUACCAUACAAAAUUUUCCAUCCCAAUGUGUCAAAUGGGAAGCCUCAACUGUGACUGUCCAGGUCUUUUCCCAGUUAAAUUAUUACAAUGGAGUUGUUGAAGGAAUUCAAAGAAAAUAUUGACUCCAA